UUCCUCUUUCCCGGCUGGAACCAUGGAGGGUGCAGAAGAGAAGAAAAAGAAGGUUCCUGCUGUGCCAGAAACCCUUAAGAAAAAGCGAAAGAAUUUCGCAGAGCUUAAGAUCAAGCGCCUGAGAAAGAAGUUUGCCCAAAAGAUGCUUCGAAAGGCAAGGAGGAAGCUUAUUUAUGAAAAAGCUAAGCAUUACCACAAGGAAUACAGGCAGAUGUACAGAACCGAAAUUCGAAUGGCUAGGAUGGCACGGAAAGCUGGCAACUUCUAUGUACCCGCGGAACCCAAAUUGGCAUUUGUCAUCAGGAUCAGAGGUAUCAACGGUGUGAGCCCAAAGGUUCGAAAGGUGCUGCAGCUCCUUCGCCUCCGGCAGAUCUUCAAUGGCACCUUUGUGAAGCUCAACAAGGCAUCAAUUAACAUGCUGAGAAUUGUGGAGCCAUACAUUGCAUGGGGGUACCCAAAUCUGAAGUCUGUAAAUGAAUUGAUCUACAAGCGUGGUUAUGGCAAAAUCAACAAAAAGCGAAUUGCCCUGACAGACAACGCACUGAUUGCUCGAUCUCUUGGGAAAUACGGAAUCAUCUGCAUGGAGGAUCUGAUUCAUGAGAUCUAUACUGUUGGAAAACGUUUCAAAGAAGCAAACAACUUCCUGUGGCCCUUUAAAUUGUCUUCUCCACGAGGUGGAAUGAAGAAAAAGACCACCCAUUUUGUAGAGGGUGGAGAUGCUGGCAACAGGGAAGACCAGAUCAACAGGCUUAUUAGAAGGAUGAACUAAGGUAUCUACCAGGAUUAUUUUUGUAAUCUGGUCCGUUAAUAAACAAUUGAAACAAAUUG